AUGAUAGAUGAAUUAGAAAAAAAUGUUGUUGAAUUGGCUGAAACACAAGAGCAGAUUAAUCAAAUUCGUUUACCACGAGAAAUUAUCAGGUUAAAUGAUGUUAGAAUUCCAGAAGAGGAUCGUGAGCCUGACAAUUUUCCAAACGAGAUCAUUAAUAACAAAGAUUAUGUUAAAACUUGGAAGUCUUAUACGUCAGAUUCGCCUAAGGAAAUUGAUAUAGACAUUAAAUCAGAUGACACUAAUUUAACCGAGUAUUCCGAUGGUUAUAAUAGCAGAACACCUUACUUUCCAAAAAAAAAAGUUAUUGACUCAUUCGUUGACAGUUUUAGUUUAAAUGAAAAUUUAGGUGAUAAAUCAGUUGAAAGUGCUAAAACCGGAAGUUCUCAUCAACGUCUUACCCUUAGUACUCUUAGUAUUACAUCCAAUAAUGACAUUGAAAAUGAAAUAGCAAAAACUGAAGAAUACAAUACUGGUUCAAUAAUUUUUGGUCAAGCUUUACCAGAUAAAAUUCUGGUACAAAUAACAUCAUUAGAUUCUAACGAUCAGUUAGUAUCAAAUACAAAAACAAAAACUUCAGUUCGUCUUGUGAUUCAUUAUGUUAAACAUCAAACAAAUCCAAGUGAAUUAAUUGAAGACCAUUCGCAAAAUAAAUUUCUUUUUCCUUUUGAUUAUCACUCUUUAAUGUUUGAUACUUUAAAAAUAGAUAUUUAUGAACAUGGAUUUUUAAAUGCCAAAAAAAGAACUGGUCGUGGUGUUUUUAAAUUAAUUGGAUUAAAGUCGUCAAUUCUUAAUAAAGAUGAGUUUAUUGGUCAAAUACCUUUAGAAUAUAAUGGUCUAAUAUCUUAUCAAGUUACAAUUAGGGUAAAAUUUCAUUAUCCAAACGAUGCUCCUCUCAUUCCAUCAACUUUUAUUACUCAAAAUACUUCUACACGUUCAAAAUCUUUAUUUACAACAAAUAAAAGUAGCGGUGCCAUGACAAAAGUGAUUUCUUCCGAAAUAGAUAAUGUUAAUGAUGCUGAAUUUGCUAAUAUAGUAGUACAUCCCGAAGCAAAGCCUUUUGGUAUUCUUGAUAUGGUACUAAGUAAAGAGACUAAAGAUGCAAUGAAGGAAAUAACUGUUUUAUAUCAUACUUUCUUUGGUCAUGGUUGGAGAUUAAGCAAGUUGGAGUUCUUAAAAGCGUAUAUGCUAUUAGAGAAAUAUUAUACUCAAAAACCUAGCCCUAUUACAGGUAAAAUCUUGCAAGAUACCGAUAAAAUCCAGUUAGCUCAAAAAUAUUUAAAGUAUUCUAUGGCUUCUUAUGGUUCAUUUUUAUUUAAUUGGUUUGGAUAUGGUCGUUGUAUGGCUCCAUUAAACGCUUUUAGAUUAAAUUCAAAUCAAAAGGCUGUUCAGGAAUUUUUUGGCCUUGAUAAAGAUGACAUCAUUUGUUGGGAAUAUGAUCAAAUUGGUGUUUCUGUUCCUCACUAUAUGAUAAUAAGAGAUCCGGAGACAAAUGAUAUUAUAAUAACUAUUCGUGGAACAAUGAAUAUUACAGAUGUGAUAACAGAUGUGAUGGCCCAUUAUGAACCAUGGAACGGUGGAUUUGUUCACCGAGGUGUACUUCGUAGUGCUCAAUAUCUUGUCAAAAAUUCGCUUAAGAGUAUAAAAAGGGCUGUAAAAAAAUUUAAUUCGCGUGCUAUUCAAGUUAUAGGACAUUCAUUAGGUGCUUCUAUAUCUUCAAUGGUAACUCUUUUAUUGCAUGAGGAGUGUAAGGGUUUACUUGAAAAUGGCGUAGAAAUUCUUGGGUGGAAUUUUGCUAGUGUUCCAUGUUGUUCAUUAGACUUAGCAAACAAACCCGAAGCAAUGAAUUACAUUAAUAAUUUUAUUAAUGAAAAUGAUGUAAUUCCACGAUUAAGUUAUGGAAAUCUUAUGGAUUUUAAAGAAUUAGUUAAGUUUGCUGCAAGUGAAUUGAAGAAUGAAAAUUAUAAAAAGCUCAAUUCUAAGGAAAAAUUAUCCAAAAUUAUUACUUCAAUCGACGAAUGUCGUACUUCUUUGAAAGCAAAAUCUUCCGAACAAAAAUUAUAUAUUCCAGGAGCCAUUUAUUACCUUUAUAAGGGCUUUCAUGAGACUCAUGUUAAAUCUUCAAUUGCAUUCUACACAAAAGAUGUUUUAUGCGAAGUUUCCACACCAAGUUUAUUUACAGACAUUAUUUUAAGAAGAAAUUGGCUGUUCCAUCAUUUCCCUGAUAGAUAUGAUAAAAAAUUCCAAGGUGUAAUAAAAUUUUUGACAAAAUUUAAUGAAAAGGAUAAAGAAACUUUGAAAUUUUGGGAUAGAAGAAACUGA